GACAUCGUACGUGCCCCACGUGGCUCCGCCCGCCCGGAUAUAAAGGGCGGCUCCGGCAGCGGCUCGCGAGUAGCCGGCGGCCGCAGCAUCUAUCCGGGAAGUAGGGUCCGCCGGCGGCGGCGGCGGCGGCAGCAGCAGCAGCAGCAGCACUGGCACUAUGGCUGAUCAGUCUUUUGUGACUCUAGCUACGAAUGACUCUUAUGUUAAAGGAGCACUGGUCUUGGGUUCAUCUCUGCAACACCACAGAACAAUAAAGAAACUAACUGUGCUCAUAACGCCUCAAGUCUCUGCUCCCAUGAGGAAAGUGCUAGAAAAAGUCUUCGAUGAAAUCUUAUUGGUAGAUGUCUUGGACAGUGGAGAUUCAGCCCAUCUAGCACUAAUGAAAAGACCAGAGCUGGGUGUCACACUAACAAAACUCCACUGCUGGGAACUGACUCAGUAUUCAAAAUGUGUGUUCAUGGAUGCAGACACAAUGGUUUUAUCAAAUAUUGAUGAGCUUUUUGAGAAAGAAGAGCUAUCCGCAGCACCAGAUCCAGGCUGGCCAGACUGUUUUAAUUCUGGAGUUUUUGUUUAUCGACCUUCCAUUGAAACAUACAAUCAUCUGUUACAACUUGCCACAGAGAAAGGCAGCUUUGAUGGUGGGGACCAGGGGUUAUUAAACACCUUCUUCAGCAGCUGGGCAACAACAGAUAUCAACAAACACUUGCCAUUUAUUUAUAACUUAAGCAGCAUUUCUCUGUACUCCUACCUUCCAGCAUUUAAAGCGUUUGGUUCAAAUGCUAAAGUAGUGCAUUUCCUAGGAAGAAUGAAACCAUGGAAUUACACAUAUGACUCUAAAACCAAAAGCAUAAAAGAUGACACAAGUGAUCCCACAAUGGUUCACCCAGAAUUCCUCAACAUGUGGUGGCAUACCUUCAUCACCAACAUCUUACCACUACUAGAACAACAUGGAAUUGUUAAAGACGCCACUACAGGUGUAAAGGCGCUAUCGGGCUUGGUCUAUUCUCUGGCUUUCUCUUGUGGCUUCUGUAGAGAGGAAGAGGUUACAGAAGCAGUGUCCCACAUGUCACUUUCAGCAGCAGCACCAACUUCGCCACCAUCUCCCCCACCAGCUGAAUCUUCAGAAGAACGGAAGGAGAGGUGGGAGCAAGGCCAGGCUGACUACAUGGGAGCAGACUCCUUUGACAAUAUAAAGAAAAAACUUGACACUUACCUCCAAUAGAAGCACUUCUAUUGCCAAUGUUCACAGAGAUACAAGGACUUGUUCCAGAGCUAUCGCAGCUAGGACAGUGUUGAAUAUGGUCAGUUAAGCUUGCCUAGUAACUUGAUAAAACUCAUCAGGCUGAAGAUCUUUGCAGUACUACAGGUGAGAACUGAGCAAAAGCUAUAAAGUAGAAAUCCUUGUGCUGGCUGUACCUGCACAAUCAUGAAGUCUUCCCUUUUAAGUAAGACUGCUGGAUAUGCCUAUUUAAAAAAAAACAAAACAAAAAACUGGGGAACAGGGCACUAAACUGGUUUGACACUUAUUCCUUUAAACCUGUAGGGCUGUGCUUUACCUCUUAAAAGAUGAAUGGCGUUACUCCUUUUGCUUGCUAUCUUAUAUAGGAGACCCUAUAUUUUUUGGUAUUGUUUAGAAGUUGAAGUGUUUGCAACACUGCCUUACUGUAAAUGUUAGUACUAAACUAUUAGCAUACAUGCAAACUUGAUACAACUUCUAACAGCAAGGGCACUGCUUUACGGUAUUAGUCUCACACUGAAGAUCUUAACCAGGUUUUUAUGUACAAUACAUACCGCAUGGUAGAAUGUCUUUUAGGUCUGUAUACUAUAGGACUAGUAAAACUGAGUUUACCUGUAAUAUUGCACUCAUUGCAAAAUAAACUCAUGAUGCAUUUCUGGCUUCCCUACCUCAUAAUCUUGAGCCAUUCCUAGUAAAAUAUUGGAGAAAUCUGCAGUGGUUUCAAAGUUCUGACUGUUAGAGAUGGGAGACUACUGCAGUAAUUUUAAGAAAAAACAAACUAAGGUUAGUGAUACACCUAUUCCAAAUCUUAAAUUCACAAGCUAUUCUAUGAGCCUACAACGUAAUGGACAUCUUUAUUCUGGGGACACUGGAAGAGUGUUCCAAAAAAAGUGAGUCCACUAGCCAGCUGCUUGGGGCAAGCUCCCUAGUUAUGUGCUACCUGGAAACUAUCUGGUGUAGUUGCCAUUGGAUAGAGAGAUAGUGAUGAGUAAAGACACUCACUUUUCUGCUCAUCAGACUAGGAGCAGAGGAGUCCUGUAGGGAGUACCUCUUGAAACAAGCUAGUCAGCUAAGCAGACCUGAGAUCCAGAGGAUCUUAUCCCUUAAAGAUCAACCAAAAGUGCUUCAAGGAGAUGGAACAUACAGGAGGUCUGCCUGCUGGGGGACAAAUAAGCAAUCUAGCAUACAGCAGCUGGGAGAGACUAGAAAGGUUUACUCCCCAGCUUUCAAAAAAGAAAAUCUCUCUAAUCCUACAGCGACCUUAAAGGGUGCUCUGAGGAACACUUUCAGUAGAAGUUGACAUCUCUGCCUUGAGCAAACCCGUGGCUUAAAAGUCCAAUACACCAGGUUCCAGCAUAGCACCCUAGUACUUAAUGUACUUCCGAUGGGGAAGAAGGGCUACAUGAGAAUCAUGCAUGGAGUAAGACAAGGUACUGUGGCUUGCCUCCUCACCUACUCCAUUGUUAGUUGCUGGCCUGAAUAUUAAGGCAACGAGGUGAGGCAGUACGUGGCAGGAGCACAGGCACUGCAAUAAAGUCUAGUAUAGCUCCAAAUACAUACCAGCUUCAUGAAGUGUGUAGCAGGGGUAGGGUGAGGAGGAUAUUCUACAUCUGUGAUAAAAGAAUCACACUCAUUCUGAAGGUUCAAGGGUUUAACCAUCACUCCCAGAACUUUCCAUUGCCUACCCUUCAGCUAGUCCAUAUCAGCCUGUAUCUUUGGAUGCAACCAAUGGCAUUAAUUUGCAGUUACCAAUUCAUCCUACUAUGCUAGUGCCUGAUCACUGCUCUAAUAUUACCUGUGCACAUGUUUAAAGGGGCAUGUUAUCUUACUCAAGAUGUAGUGAAGAGUCUAUGCUAAUAACUAUUGACAGGGUUCCAGCUGCUAGUUCUGAGUUUAACAUCCUACUUAGCAGGACUAGUAAGCGUGGAGUUCACCAUUGUAUGUAGCAGGACUAACAACAUUACCACCAAUCCCCUACUACCAGUAAACAGUCCUCCAGAGGAUCUUCCAUGGAGGCACACAAUCAGUAGUAUUGCAACAGCAUCCAUCUCUGCACACCAGUUUAUUUACUGCCUGAAUACCGCAAUACUGACAUACUGGGCCUGUGCAUACAGCUUGUGGUAGCAUGUUUGUUACUGUGCAACUAUGAGUGCACAGUAGCUACAGCAAUUGGUCUGCUUUUAAAUAGAACACUCUCUACCAAGACUGUUUAUAUAGCUUUCAUUACAUGAAUCUGAAAUGACUUAAAACUCAGCCAGUGCUUUAUGACAUAGUACUAUGUUCCCUUUUUAAUGGCAGUCUGGUUUGGGCCCUAGUGGUAUAUGAAGGUCUGUAGAAAAGCAUCUAGAUGUUUAGUAAGGAAAGAUUUCCCAUAUCCUCUGAAAAACAAGGGCUAGAUAUCUGAGCAGACUGUAUGCAUUUUAAUUUAAUUUUUCAGUAUAAGGAAACUGCCAGUUAAAAUGAACAUGAUAUAAAUUAAUCUCAGCAUUCCUUAGGCAUCCAACUCACUGAGGGCAAGGUGUUUUUCCUUCCAAAGGAGUUAACCAAGAGCUGCACUCUCACUUCUAUAGCUGUGUUCAUGCUACAUUUACUGUAGAUCUCAAUAUCACAUGUGCUAAGAAAUGUGAGGCUUCACUUGUUUUCCACAGAAAAGACAGCAGCCACUUUCUGUUAAGUGUUUCCACUGUUUGAGAGAGAAAAAAAAUAUCCCUAACACUGUUAGGUGGAGGAUAUACAAUCAGAAUUAAGAUUGUCCAUGGAACCAUACUACUGAAUUAACAGUUUAAAGGACCUCAUCUUUUAAUGAGAGUUUAAAGUGUGGUGUUUCCAACUUGACAACUAAUGAAGCUUUUGGCCUAAAAGCUAACACGGGAGUUCUAAUUUUAGGGGAGAUUCUUCCCUGAAAAAUAUUUAGUAGCUACAACUGUUUUAAGUAAAUGUUUUAUUAAGCAGAAAGGCUAUACAUCACUGCUCGAGAGCCGGGGAGCAGAAACAGUCUGUUUAAUUGCUUCCAUUUGUACCUGAUAGAAGAUGCAGUCAGUUCAGUAGAAUAGUUUGAAAAUUUGUUAGGUAUGAGCUAGUUUGAUCUCAGAACUUACAAGCAUCCGCUACCGUUGCUGUAGACUGCAACUCCUUCAAUCCAUAGUUAUCAUAGUUCAGUGAAACUUAAAAGGUCUAUUGGGCCAGCCUUGGAAGAAAGCCAUAAUUAUUUAGCACUUAGAGCUUAAAUUCUAUACAACAUGCCAAUAAAACAUUUUCAAUUCUUUAAAAGUAGGGGAAGGUCAUUCAAAAUUGACAUGUGCUACAAACUUUUAUCUCAACUAGGCAGAGACUACCAUGGUUUGACCAACCACACCAUGUGAGCAGACAGCUACAUUCCCAUCCUCUGCUGGUUCAUUAAAUAUUUCCAAACUGCAGAAAGAAGAAGAAAAUACCUAUUCCCACUACUUUGAUCUUUUGGGUGUUACUAAAGUUACACCCUUCCUAUCUCUACUUCAAUUUCUGCAGUGAGAUUAAGGUGUAAGGUAUAGAUGAGAGCAGAAUUAUGGCAACACAUGACAAGAAACAGUGUAAAAGCUGAACAAAGCUUAACUGCGGUAGUAUAAGUUGACCAAUAUGUACAGUGAUCAUUUUCACAGUAUUUUCCAAAGUUUGAAUUUGACCAUGCAAUAUUAAAUCUUCCUGUCAUAUUCUAAUGCUGAAGUGAAUGGUUCACCAUAGCAACAGAAAAAAAGAUAACACCUCUGUGCACUCUCUUGCAUGUUUUCAUGCAUCUGAAUCUCCCCUGCUCUUAGAUUAACAUAUGCACACCUCUUUCCCAAGUGAUAUCUUUGCAGAACAUAUGCUACUUUUGCUAAUAAAUUUUAUUGAUCCAUGCUG